GGGGAGCAGCAGGCGCUGGUGUUUGUAAACACUCGCCACCAGGCGGAGUUUUUGAAAUUAGUUAUUUUCAAAACCCUCAAAAUAAACCCUUUGAUUAUUUACGGCUCGAUGGAGCAAAGAGACAGAACCGCCAACCUCGCCGCCUUCCGAAAACGCCGGUCUUUGUUUUUAAUUGUCACCGAUGUGGCAGCAAGAGGAAUUGAUAUUUCUGAACUUCCUUUUGUAAUUAAUUUCGACUUUCCAGCUUCUGCUCGGGUGUACGUACACCGCGCGGGCCGCACCGCGCGCGCCGGGAGAGAGGGCUGCGUCAUCUCCAUCACCACCCCCGAGGACUUGCCCUUCGCCUUCGACAUAAUGGCUUUCGUGGGCGGGAGAAUUGUCCCUUUGGCCCAGUGCAUGCAGCAGCAGCAGCAGCAGCAGCAGCAGGUGCGGGAGGAGGCGCAGGAGGGAGAGGCGCAGGAGGCCUCAGCAGCUGCGGCGCACGGCAGCGCUGCAGCAGCAGCAGCAGCAACAGAUGCUGAUGCAGACGCUGAAGCAGCAGCAGCAGGUGCUGAUGCAGACGCUGAAGCAGCAGCAGCACCGGCAACAGCGGAAGCAGCGUCGCCAGCAGCAGCAGCAGGUGCUGCUGCUGCUGCAGCAGCAGCAGACGACGACAGAGAAGGAGCGGCAACAGAGGCAGAUAAUACAGCAGCAGCAGCAGCAGCAGCAGCAGAACUGGGUCGCGUGUCUACAGGAAUUUAUCCCUUAGGAGCUGCUGCUGAUUUGGACUUGUUUCAAGAAGCUGUGUCUUCUUGUCUGCAGCAAGACCUGGAGGCGCAGUCGCUGCAGCGGUCAGCAGCAGCAGCAGAAAAGCUUUAUUACAAAACAAGAGCAGCAGCAAGCAAGCAAGGCUGUCAAAGGGCGAAGCAGCUGCUGCAGGAGGUGGGGGGUCUUUUGCUGCUGUCGGCGACGCCCUUCACGGAGCAGCAGCUGCUGCCGUUGCUGCAGCGGAAGCAGCAGCAGCAGCAGCUGGCGCUGCAGCAGCAGCUGCAGCGCCUGCCCCCCGCCCAGCAGCAAACGCUGCAGCAGCUGCUUCAGAAGCAGCAGCAGCAGCAGCAAGGGGUGGAUGUGCAGCUGCUGCAAACCAUGAGGCGCUUUAGACCCAGAGUGGGGGUCCAAGGCAGCGUUUUGAGUGCAGCAGCAGUAGAAGCCAUCAGCAGCAGACAGAAAGAAAGAGCAGCUGUUGCUGCUGCUGCUGCAGCAGAGGAAAGGAGACACAGGAGAGCCAUCGAAGACUCUGACGCUGACGACUCAGACGAGGAGCUGCUGCAGCAGCAGCAGCAGGGAGACGCUGGAGACGGCAGCAGCAGCAGCAGCAGCGGGCUCGACGAAGCGCAGCAGCAGCAGCAGCAGCAGGGCGCUGGCGGGUGCAACGCUCUGCAUGCGCUGGAAGCAGCAGCAGCAGCAGCAACAGCAAAGCGCCGGCGAGUCAGCAAAAGGAGACUACAGAAAGUGGCGAAGGAGAUGGGCGUGGACCCCAGAGCAGCAGCAGCAACUGCAGCAGCAGCAGCAGCAGCAGCAGCAGCAGCAGCAGACAGCAGCAGCAAAAGUGAGAACGUCUUCGUUGAUGUGUCUCCAGAAGCAAAAGCAGAAGGAGAACAUGUGAUGCUGCAGCUGCAGCACCAGCAGCACACAACAUAUGCAGAUGAAGAAGCAGACUUGAGGCGGGCCAAAUACCAGGAAAAAAGAAAGUAA